CACACUUGGCCUAACAUUGAAAGAAGUGCAACGCGUAGCGUCUAAUUAAAAUUAAUUUCGAUAAUUGAUUGAUUUGGCCGCAGUCAAGUCGUGAAAUAACAAAAUUGGCGGCCAAAGUAGGCGCCUUUUUGCCGCCCCGUCUCCCUUCGAGUGACGCACGUCGGUGUUCACCGUGUGCCUUGUUAUUGUUGUUGUAGCAUUUGCUUUGCUUUUGCUACGUUCGACGUUCCGACGAAAAAAAGUGUGUUUGUAUUUAUUAUACGUAUACAUAUCAGUGUGUGUUUCGCGUGUGUGUCUGAGCGCGCGCCCGCCAGUGUGAGUGUUUGUGUGAAAAGGUAUCGUAAAAAUGUACAACAAAUAAAAGUCGAAAACAUUUAAGCGCAAGCUCCAGAGAUUUUCGCCUGUUGCUACCAUCAAUCGGACCCAGGCCAGAAGACUGAGUCGUGCUUGUUCCUGUGCCCAGUGCCAGCUCCAGCACUAGUGCCCGUGCCCGUGCCCCGUGCCAAAGCCAGUUCCCGUGCAACUGUUGCAUGCUGAAUCGCGCCGCGCAGCAUUAAGCCAAGCCGUGCCGUGCGUCGAACCGAGAACCAAGGCCAAAUCAAAGCGGAUCCAAGGCAGCACAAACGGCAGCAUACAAACCCCACCAUCGAUACUGACGGACACUACUGCUGGAUCCUGAACCCACCUGUUGAACUGAAGCAACAAUUAAUUUAUUAACUUACGGGCCCAACGAACGAACUGGGCCAAGUGUUUGCACACUCUGUCACGCACCUGGGAACGCCGUGAGCUCGCGGUGACCCCGCCAGUGUGCCGUCCGUAUGUGGCGUUGGCGGUACUCCAGCAAAAGAACCCAAAACCGAAUCCCAAUUCCCAAGUGGAUCUGGUGGUUUGACAGCAGUGAACAAACAAACGGCAAGCGACGCUCGUGACCUCAUCGUUAGCAACGAUCAACAGCGGCAGCGGCAGCUCUGACGCGUGCCCCUCCCCCACCCCACCUCUCUAGCAUAGCCAAUCGCAACUCAAAUACUGAUCCUGCUGAUAUUGUCAGAGACCCUAAAGAAGGCUGCUUCGAGAGCUGCUCGUCGGCAGGGACUCAACAGGAGCACAGCUGUAGCUGUAUGCUUGCGCUUGGUGGUGACCACAAUAACGACGGCAACUAUCCAACUGGGACGUUCUAGCCAUGGACGUGGAAAGGCGGCGUCGAGCGAACACGCUCGAGCGCGAGAUGCGCGAUCCAACCAGCAUUUGCAAUGUAGACUGCCUGCUGGAUACGGUAUCAGCGCUGGUCAGCGACUGCGACCACGACACCCUCAAGCGGCUGAAAAACAUCGAACAGUAUGCAUCCAAAUAUAAACCCCUGGCGCAGCGGAUCAAUCAGCUGCGCAUGAAUGUCGAGGACUUUGACUUCAUUAAGCUAAUCGGCGCCGGCGCUUUUGGAGAGGUGCAACUGGUGCGGCACAAGUCCUCCAGCCAGGUGUACGCCAUGAAGCGUCUGUCCAAAUUUGAGAUGAUGAAACGCCCGGACUCGGCCUUCUUCUGGGAGGAGCGUCACAUCAUGGCGCAUGCCAAUUCCGAGUGGAUUGUUCAACUGCACUUUGCCUUCCAGGAUUCCAAGUAUCUGUACAUGGUGAUGGACUUUAUGCCCGGCGGUGACAUUGUCUCGCUGAUGGGGGACUACGAUAUACCCGAAAAGUGGGCCAUCUUCUACACAAUGGAGGUGGUGCUGGCCCUGGACACCAUACACAACAUGGGAUUUGUGCACCGUGACGUAAAGCCGGACAACAUGCUCCUGGACAAUUAUGGUCACCUGAAGCUUGCCGAUUUCGGCACGUGCAUGCGCAUGGGCGCCAACGGGCAGGUGGUGUCCAGCAAUGCGGUAGGCACGCCGGACUACAUCAGUCCGGAGGUGCUGCAGUCGCAGGGUGUGGACAAUGAGUAUGGACGCGAGUGCGACUGGUGGUCUGUGGGCAUUUUCCUCUACGAGAUGCUCUUCGGGGAGACGCCCUUCUACGCGGACUCACUGGUGGGCACCUACGGCAAGAUAAUGGACCACAAGAACUCGCUCAGCUUCCCCCAGGAGGUGGAGAUCAGCGAACAGGCCAAGGCCCUCAUCCGGGCAUUCCUUACAGAUCGGACGCAGCGUCUAGGCCGCUACGGCAUCGAGGACAUCAAGGCGCAUCCGUUUUUCAGGAACGACACCUGGUCCUUUGACAAUAUCCGGGAGAGUGUGCCGCCGGUUGUGCCGGAGCUAACCUCCGACGAUGAUACGCGCAAUUUCGAGGACAUCGAGAGGGACGAGAAGCCCGAGGAGGUGUUCCCCGUACCCAAGGGCUUCGAUGGCAAUCACCUGCCCUUCAUCGGCUUCACCUACACGGGCGACUACCAGCUCCUGUCCAGCGACACUGUCGACGCCGAGGCCAAGGAGCCCAAUUCUGUGAACAGCAAUGCGAGCAAUAACCAUGCCCAUGGGCAUGGGCACAACCACCGCCACCGUACCUCAAAUUCCAACGAGCUGAAGCGGCUCGAGGCGCUGCUCGAGCGGGAACGCGGCCGGGCCGAUGCCUUGGAGAAGCAGGACACUAGCCUGCGGCACCAGAUCGAGCUGAGCGGCAAGCGUGAGGUCGAACUGCAGCGCAUUGCGGCCGAGUACGAGAAGGAUCUGGCGCAGCGCAAGAACAACUACAAGGUGGCCAUGCAGAAGGUGGAGCAGGAGAUCGAGCUGCGCAAGAAGACGGAGGCCCUGCUGGUGGAGACGCAGCGCAAUCUGGAGAACGAGCAGAAGACGCGCACACGCGACCUCAACAUCAGCGAGAAGGUCGUCACCCUGGAGAAGCAGCUGCAGGAGAUGGAGCACAGCUUCAAGAGCGAAACGGAGAACACGCAGAAGCUGAAGAAGCAGAACGCAGAGCUCGGCUUCACGCUGAAGACGCACCAGGAGAAGGUGCGCGACAUGGUCGAGAUGAUCGAGACACUGCAGAAGCACAAGGACGAGCUCGGCCAGGAGAAUGCCGAUCUGCAGGCGCAGGUGGUGCAGGAGAAGAACCUGCGCUCCCAACUGAAGGAGCUGCAGAAAGAGACGGAGAACAAGAUGCAGACCCUCACCAAUGACAUUGAGCGCACCUCGGUACGAGAGCAGAAGGCCAAGGAGGACAACCGCGCCCUGGUGGAGAGGAUCAGUGAGCUGGAGAAGAGCCAUGCCAGUCUCGAUUUUGAGCUGAAGGCGGCCCAGGGUCGCUACCAGCAGGAGGUGAAGGCCCAUCAAGAGACUGAAAAGUCGCGGCUGGUCUCACGCGAGGAGGCCAAUCUGCAGGAGGUCAAGGCACUGCAGUCCAAGCUGAACGAGGAGAAGUCUGCCCGGAUUAAGGCCGACCAGAACUGGCACGAGAAGGAGCGCCAGCUGAACAUGCUCUCCGUGGACUACCGCCAGAUCCAGUUGAGGCUGCAGAAGCUCGAGGGUGAGUGCCGCCAGGAGUCGGAGAAGGUGGCCGCUCUCCAGUCGCAGCUGGACCAGGAGCACAGCAAGCGCAACGCCCUGCUCUCGGAGCUCAGUCUGCUCAGCUCGGAGGUGGCGCAUCUGCGCUCUCGCGAGAAUCAGCUGCAGAAGGAGCUGUCGGCCCAGCGCGAGGCCAAGCGGCGCUUCGAGGAGGAUCUGUCGCAGCUGAAGACCACCCACCACGAGGCACUGGCCAACAAUCGGGAGCUGCAGGAGCAGCUCGAUGCAGAGCUGUGCUUCUCGCGGCUCUACAAGACGCAGGCAAGCGAGAAUCGGGAUGAGAGCGCCGAGCGUCUGGCCAAGAUCGAGGAUUUGGAGGAGGAGCGCGUCUCACUCAAGCACCAAGUGCAAGUGGCCGUCGCUCGGGCCGACUCUGAGGCUUUGGCCCGCUCAAUAGCCGAGGAAACGGUGGCCGAUCUCGAGAAGGAGAAGACCAUCAAGGAGCUGGAACUGAAGGACUUCAUCAUGAAGCACCGCAACGAGAUCAAUGCUAAGGAGGCGACGCUCGCCACCCUCAAGGAGGCGGAGGCAGAGCUGCACAAGAAGCUCGGCCAGAAGGCCAACGAGUACGAGGAUCUCGUCCAGCAGCACAAGAAGCAGCAGGACGAGCUGGGCCAACUGUGCGUCACCAAGGACGAGGAGAUAUCCAAGCUGGUCGAGAAGUGCAAGACCGAGGUGCUGCUCAAGCAGGUGGCCGUCAACAAGCUGGCCGAGGUGAUGCAUCGCCGCGACUCGGACUUGCAGAAGCAAAAGAGCAAGGCGCGGUCCACGGCGGAGCUGCGCAAGAAGGAGAAGGAGAUGCGCCGCCUGCAGCAGGAGCUCUCCCAGGAGCGUGACAAAUUCAAUAAGCUGCAGCUGAAGUGCCACGACCUGCAGCAGCAGUGCUCCGAAGAGCAGCAGAUCAAGCAGAAGAUGUUCAUGGAGAUCGACUGCAAGGCCACCGAGAUAGAGCAUCUGCAGAGCAAGCUGAACGAGACGGCGUCCCUCUCGUCCGCCGACAACGAUCCCGAGGAGAGUCAGCACUCCUCUCUGCUCUCCCUCACACAGGACUCGGUCUUCGAGGGCUGGCUGAGUGUCCCCAACAAGCAGAAUCGUCGCCGCGGCCACGGCUGGAAGCGCCAAUAUGUGAUUGUCUCUUCGCGCAAAAUCAUCUUCUACAACUCGGACAUAGACAAGCACAACACAACGGACGCUGUUCUCAUACUCGAUCUGAGCAAGGUAUACCACGUGCGCAGCGUCACCCAGGGCGAUGUCAUACGCGCCGAUGCCAAAGAGAUUCCGCGCAUCUUCCAGCUGCUGUAUGCCGGCGAGGGCGCAUCCCAUCGUCCCGACGAGCAGAGCCAGCUGGAUGUGAGCGUGCUGCAUGGCAACAGCAACGAGGAGCGUCCCGGCACCAUCAUCCACAAGGGUCAUGAAUUUGUGCACAUCACCUACCACAUGCCCACAGCGUGCGAGGUGUGCCCGAAGCCAUUAUGGCACAUGUUCAAGCCGCCGGCGGCUUACGAAUGCAAGAGAUGCCGCAACAAAAUACACAAGGAGCAUGUGGAUAAGCAUGAUCCGCUGGCGCCCUGCAAGCUGAAUCAUGAUCCGCGCUGUGCCCGCGACAUGCUGCUGCUGGCCUCCACGCCCGAGGAGCAGUCGCUGUGGGUGGCACGUCUGCUGAAGCGUAUCCAAAAGAGUGGAUACAAGGCGAAUUCAUCGAACAACAACAGCACCGAUGGCAGCAAGAUAUCGCCCAGGUGUUUAGUGUCUUUCCCUCAGCGUUGGUUUCAAUAAUAUCGAAUGGUAUUUCUCUCUUUUACUCUCUUCCCCCCCCCAUCAUUAUCAUCCUGUCUCUCGCUCGCUAACCAUCAUUAUCAUCAUCUGUCCAUCUCAUCAUCAUCAUCCAAACAUCGCUUCAACCAAUUGGCAGCCAAUCGACCCGCUCCUCCUACAAGCCGUACGCUGUGAAUGUGCAACGCUCCGCCACGCUACCAGCCAACUCAUCGCUGAAAUGAAUCCAGGGACACAGCGACGCAGCUAAACAAAGAUAAAUAAAGAGAGAGAAUGCAGCGCAAUAACACAGAAAGCAGCAAACAGCAAAACAGAAAGCCGAAAGCAGAAACUGAAACAAUAAUUGAAAUUAACGCUUAACCACUACCACUAUCCAGAACACUUGCUAAAACAGAAGACAGAAAACAGAAAACAGAAAACAGAAAACACGCGUGUUGAAACAGAAACUAAAUUUAAAGUGAAACUAAAACUAAAACUAAAACUUUGUGUAAUGUAAGAGCCAUUCAUCUAACGCUUCUUUAACCCAUAAAACCAAUAAGCAAACAAAACUAAAAGAACAGAAGAGUGUAAGAUGAAGACCGACCCACUUGUCAGCGGGCAAACGGAUCAACGAUGAACCAUAAACCAUGAACCAUAGAUACAUACGUCAUUUAGAUUGUACCAUAUACAUAUAUAUUCUAUAUAUUCUAUAUGUAUAAAUAUAAAUACUAUAUUGUAUGCUAUGCUAUGCUAUGCUGAAAUGCUAUUCUACUGUGGCAACCUACACACUCAGCAGCACAAUGGCCAGCCAAUACCACAAUCAGGAGAGAGCUAUACUUAGUUAAGUGAGGAUCAAAUCUUAUGGACCAGUCGCAGCUCUUGUUUUACAACUUGAUGCCUUGUAACAAUUUUAACUUAUUAUUUGUUUUUUUUUUUUUGUAUUAUUUAUUUAGCUUCUGUUGCUGUUGUGUUGCAAAUCUGAUUUAUAUUGUAAAAAGAAAAAAAAGCAAAGCAUUGUGAACGGAAAAUAUACAAUAUAGAUAUAGAUUAUAUGUACACGUAGAGCAUAUCCCUGUAAGUCAGAUCGAUCAUGCAACAGAGCAGAGCGAAAGCAACAGCAAAAGCAAAAGCAAACGAAAGCAAUCAAGCAACCUAAUUAACCAUUCAUCAAUCAAACAAUCAAUGAAGCUAAGUUCGAGCCCUUUUUACAAAGCUUUAACUUGUAUUCCAUUUAAAGAACACUAUUUUAAAACGUAUUUACACUAGCACUAGUUACUGUAGAUGAUACGAGCAUACGUAGCAGGUAGUUAGUUAGUUGUAGGAAUCAGGUGUGGAGGCAUACCCAGAAGGAUGAACAAACAAUCAAUCGAUCAGUUACUUAAAGCAAAUGCAAAUGCAACUUCCCCUAUGCCCCUCAUACAUGGGGAUACAUAAUCUUAUAUUAAUAGAGCUUGACAUGAAUCAAUCGAAACGAAACGAAACGAAACUAAGCUUACAGAAAGGAAAACGAAACGAAACACAGACUUUUUCUGUGUGUGUCUGCGUGUGUGUGUGUGUGUUUAAAAGGCUACAUCUUAAGUAUUAAAUAUCCAAUAUGUUUUAGUUGUUAAGCCAAACAAAUUAUUUAUUUGUAUUUUCUGUUCGAUGGCGCUGCAGCCGCAGCCUUCACACUCAGCAUUCUCUCCUCACUCUCUCACUCAUUUGAUAUGGGGCUUUUCCCUAUGAAACAGACUCCAAAUUGAUGUAUUCCUCUAGGGAUCAUUGGCACGUUCCAUUCGUGUAGCCUUAGUAUGUUGCGUGUGUGUGUGUGUGUGUGUUUUUUUUUGUUUGUUGUUUAGUUUGUGUACAGAGUGAGAGACGGCAGCGUAUUGCAUUUAAAAGUAAUGGAAAGUGCCCAAAAAAAAAACAAAGUUAUGCAGAGGGUUGGGAGACCCAGAACCCACUGCUCCAUGCUUUUCAGUUGUAUUUCUUAGUCGGAAAAAAUGAAGUCGAGCCAUUGCUUUCUUUUUUUAUUUUAAAAAUUGUAUUUUACUUGUACUAUUUUAUUGUCAUGAUGAGCGAUCCAUUCGUAUUACGUUUAUGUUUAUGUUUAAAUAUAUAUAUUAGACUUUAGUUUAAGGCGCGUCUGCAGUUGCAUUUCCCCGCAGAAAUGCCUCAGAAAUUGAACUGCAAACGCCCCAAGCCCAAGCUCCCAAACCACAGCCCCAAAACCCAGCAAAAUAAAGUAAUAAUGUGUAUAAAAUCAA